GAGCUGAGACAUAGCUCUAGAAAGGCAGAUUCAGAGAGGGUAGAGGCAACGGCCCUCUUUUGAGGGGGGGGGGGCUUAUCAUUACAUAUAUAAAUACACAUGUGUGUGAACUGUUUGGCCGCAUGAUAGGUCAUAUGUGGGCAACAAUUAUUUUAGAAAAACAUACCACCGCGGCUUUACGUUUAAAAUGCCUAUUUUACUUUUCCUGUUAGAUACGUCCGCCUCUAUGAAUCAGCGCACUUAUUUGGGUACGACAUAUCUGGAUGUUGCUAAAGGCGCGGUUGAGGUCUUUAUGAAGCUGCGUGCCCGAGACCCGGCUAGUAGAGGCGACAGGUACAUGCUAGUUACAUUCGAUGAGCCACCAUACGGAGUGAAGGCAGGCUGGAAGGAGAAUCACGCCACGUUCAUGUGCGAGCUUAAGAACCUGCAGGCAUCUGGGCUGACGACAUUAGGCCACGCUCUCCGCACGGCCUUCGACCUGCUUAACCUGAACCGUCUUGUCUCGGGAAUCGACAACUAUGGACAGGGCCGUAACCCCUUCUUCCUCGAGCCGUCUGUGAUCAUCACUAUCACCGACGGCAACAAGCUGACGCACAGCUCCGGGGUGCCGGAUGAGCUGCAUCUGCCUCUGAACUCCCCCCUGGCUGGCAGUGAGCUGACCAAAGAACCCUUUCGCUGGGACCAGCGUCUGUUUGCACUAGUUCUGAGGCUGCCUGGAGCGUCCGCGCCGGACAGCGAGCAGCUCGGCAGCGUUCCCACAGACGAGUCUGCCAUCACUCAGAUGUGUGAAGUCACUGGAGGACGGUCGUACUGUGUUCGAACGCAGCGGAUGUUAAACCAGUGUCUGGAGUCUCUGGUCCAAAAGGUUCAGAGUGGUGUUGUCCUGCAUUUUGAAAAGACCGGGCCGGAUCCGAUUGUCGUUGAAGAAAACUCAGCAGAGUCCAGCCAACCGGCGCAGUCCUUUAGCCCGAACGCGUGGCACAGCUGCCACAAGCUGAUCUAUGUGAGACCCAACCCAAAGACGGGGGUUCCGGUGGGUCACUGGCCCAUCCCAGAGUCCUUCUGGCCGGACCAGAACUCUCCAACUCUGCCGCCUCGCUCCGCCCACCCGCUGGUGCGCUUCUCCUGCGUGGACUGUGAGCCCAUGGUGAUCGAGAAGCUCCCCUUUGACAAGUACGAGCUGGAGCCCUCGCCCCUCACUCAGUACAUUCUGGAAAGGAAGUCUCCUCACAUGUGCUGGCAGGUGUUUGUCAGUAACAGCGGGAAGCAGACCGACUUGGGACAGCCAUUCGGAUACCUGAAAGCCAGCACCACCCUCACCUGCGUUAACCUGUUUGUCAUGCCUUACAACUACCCGGUCCUGCUUCCGCUCCUCGACGACCUCUUCAAAGUCCACAAACUGAAACCGAACCUCAAGUGGCGACAGGCCUUCGAGCUGUAUCUGAAGACGACGCCUCCGUACUACCUCCUGCCCUUGAAGAAGGCGCUAAGGAUGAUGGGAGCCCCGAACCUUAUCGCCGACACUCUGGACUGUGGGCUCAGUUACAGCGUUAUUUCCUACCUGAAAAAGCUGAACCAGCAGGCAAAGGUGGAGUCGGACCGCCUGAUUGUGUCGGUGGGUAAAAAGGCUCCCCAGGAAAGCGGCAUCAAGGUGAAGAACCACUCCAGCUCGCUGUUGCUGGCCCACCGGGGGGACUUCAAGCAGCUCCUGCAGGGAAUCACGGGGGAGGGGCCUCUGCGCCUGGCAGACAUCAACUUUAAGGAGUUUGCCGGUUUCCAGAUCGCUCUCCUCAAUAAGGAUGUGAAGCCUCAAGCGUACCGGAAUGCCUACGACAUUCCCAGAAGGAAUCUUCUGGAUCAGGUGACCCGGAUGCGCUCCAAUCUGCUGCGGACGUCUUUGAGGCUGAUCCGAGGGCAGGACGAAGAUUACCUGCACAGCAUUCCGGUGGCUCAGAUGGGAAACUAUCAGGAAUACCUCAAAAUGAUGCCGUCUCCUUUGAGAGAGAUCGACCCCGACCAGCCAAAGCGCCUGCACACGUUUGGGAAUCCCUUCAAGCAGGACAAGAAGGGGAUGAUGAUCGACGAGGCAGAUGAGUUUGUCGCAGGUCCUCAGAACAAGAAAAGGGGGAUGUCUGGCGACCCCAACUCCAAUGCAACCCUGAAGCGGAGGCGGAGCAUGUCGCCAUUGCUGCGACGACCGCAGACUCCACCGGGGAAUAACCACGCGGCGGCGGGAAAGGCUUUGUCAGGGGUCCAGACCCCUCAAAGUCUCCUCAAACCCGCUCCUCAGCACAAAGGUGGUGGCAUCUGCACGCCGGCGACUGAGAGCAACGGAGACGGCGUUUCCGGGCCGGACUCCGCAGAGAGCUGGCAGAACGAGACGGACGCCGACCCAGAGCCUCCAUCUUUGCUGGGUUUAGAGGAAAAAGCGGUGGCAGCUGAUCAGGAAGAUGACGUCAGGGCGGUGGAGGACCGACCUCCGCUGGAUCCUCUGGAGGAUCCGCCUCCAGAGACCAAACACAGCCUCGAGCGUCUGAGUCCACAGAGUGAGCCGGACGACGCCGAUGCCGACGUCGAUGCGGAUGCUGACGUCGCCUUGGAAACCAUAUUCAUAGCUCCGCUGGACGGCAGCCAAGCAGAGCUGCGCAGCCAAGUCAUCAAGGAGGUCCGCAAACCGGGACGGAACCACAAGGCCAUCCUCGGCCUGCUGCAGCAGGUGAAAGGACCUGAGACCGUGAAGAGGUUCUUCAUCCAUCACGCCAUCAAAGAAGCCGCCAGGUUUAAAAAGCGGGUUCUGAUCCAGCAGCUGGAGGCGACCCUUCAGGAGUUGGAGGAGCAGCAGCCGCCGUGUUUGCAGCUUCACAACGAUCACGGCAGUUGAUCCCCACACGGAUGCCGGCUUUCAGCAGCACACGUCUGUCCCAGCUCUCUGCUCCGGCUGGAGGAGGCCAGGCCUCUUCGUGUUGACUGAGGCGUUCGGCGUUUGGUCUCUGUGGCGAGCAUGUUGACGCACACAAACACUCCAACACAUCCUUAAGUGAGCAUGUGCAAAGGAGGAAGCAGCUCUCUGAGACCCCGUCUUUCUUCAGCUGGUCUGACAGGUUUGUUUGUUUUUCAAAGCAACGCUGGAGUUUUGAUACUGAAAUGUUUAAUUUAAAAAGUCCAGAUGACAUUUUCUGCUUUUUAUUUGUCCACAUUGUCAAAUCUCAAGCUGCUGUUAGGCAUUAAUGCCUGCAUUUGUUGAGGUUUUCUGCUGCAACACGUUACACACAUUUAAUUUUAAAGACCCACUCUGAUUUAAAAAAAAAUCCUGUUUUCUGUGUUUUUAACAUGUCCUUGUGGCAUUUUCUGAUGAUGGAUGACAUG